AUGCAGCCACCUAGAUUUACAAUGCAGCCUUCUUCAUCAAACAGUGUAGUAAGGGAAGGCACAACUAAAAUAUUACAGUGUUCAGCAAUUGGUAUUCCACAACCAAUGUACAGAUGGCUCAAAAAUGGCGCUCCAUUAGGGGAUUAUUCCUCGGAAUUAUUUUAUAAAAUUCACAAUACGCAACGUCAAGACGCUGGUGCCUAUCAAUGUAUUGCAAGAAAUGAUGUAGGGGCAAUUUUUAGUGAAAAGAAUAACAUAAUCGUAGCUUUUAUGGGUGUUUUUGAAAACACUAUAGAACAAGUAGUAGAGGUUGAAUCAGGUAGAGCGGCUAUUCUCGACUUUCCGCACAUAGAAUCUGAGCCACCCCCGUCUGUGAUUUGGCAAGAUGAAAGUGGAGUAAAUGGUGUUUUGAGAUAUGAUCAAAAAUAUGCUAUUACUGAUAAACAUGAGCUAGUAAUACUGUGCGCGUCUCAAGACGAUCAACGAGCUUAUAGAGCGCGGGCGAUAAACACCCAGUUAGGCAAAGUAGAAAAUAGUCCAUACAUUAGGUUAAAAGUGUAUGGAGAUGAUAGUAAAGAAAUAGCGCCAGAAAUAAUCAUCAAACCACAAGAUACAAAAAUAAUAAAAGGCCAAGAGUAUACGAAUAUGUAUUGCAUAGCAAACGCGAGACCACUCCAUGAACUCGAAACCCUAUGGUUUAAAGACGGCAUAUUAAUUGACUUAGCAGGAAUCACUUACGACUUAAAUGAUCAAUGGAACCGCACUUUGAGUCUCAUAUCCGCCAAUUCGAACCACACCGGUCAAUAUUCAUGUCAGGCUAGAUUAAAGUCUGGUGGAUUUGCAACUGUUACCGCAUCAGCAUCCGUCACAGUUUUCGAAAAACCGGUAAUGUUAUCUAAUUUAAAAUCCGAAACGUUCGGUGAGUUCGGUAGCACUAUAGUUUUAGAGUGCAACGUCCAAGGUAUACCUAUACCGGGAAUAACAUGGUACAAAGAUGCAAGAAAAAUUGCAAGCGUAGGGAUUGAUAUCGACGAUACUGAUUACGCCGAUGUAGAUGACGGUGGAGGAAGAUACAGAGUUGAAGUAGACAGAUCGCUCGUUAUCAACAGCUUGAAGAUGGAAGACAUGGGCAUAUAUCAAUGCAUAGCCAGCAAUGAUGCUGGCGAAUCAUCUAUUUACACGUGGUUAAAAAUAAAAACAAAGGAAUUUAUACGCGUACCCCGCAGUCACAUGAAGUUAAUAAGAAUGAGGACCGCAGAUAAAAAGGCAAAAACUUUCAAAUUUGAUACUGGCACGUCUCCGCCCAUAAUGCAGAGUGCGCCUGCCAACCUCACGGUGCUCGACGGCAAGGACGCCACCAUCACGUGCCGCGCCAUCGGAGCCCCUACGCCCAACGUUACCUGGUACUUUAACGAUUCUCUUAUAAUAAAUUUAUCUGGAAGAUUACAAGCUUUAGAGGAGGGGGACUUGCUAAUUACGAGUACGACUACGGUUGAUGGCGGUAAAUAUACUUGCGUCCGUGCGAAUGACGCGGGCAAUGUUUCAGGCGAAGCAUAUCUAACAGUACUUGUCAGAACGCAAAUAAUUGCUCCACCCGUGGACACGCGAGUACUGCUGGGUCACACGGCGACGUUGCAAUGCAAAGUUUCCAGUGAUCCGAAUGUCAAGUAUAACAUUGACUGGUUCCACAAUAAGCAACCGAUGACAGCGGGUUCGAGGGUGUGGGUAUCUGGCGACGGUGCGUUGCAAGUGCAAGCGGUGCGCGCGAGCGACGCGGGCGAGUACACGUGUGUGGUGACGUCCCCGGGCGGCAACCACACGCGCCGCGCGCUGCUCUCCGUCAUAGAACUGCCCUUCUCCCCUACUAAUGUCCGCGCUGAGCGACUAGAUGCGACGCCCCAGCGAGCAGUCAAUGUCUCGUGGACACCAGGCUUCGAUGGCAACUCGCCUGUGCAGAAGUAUAUCGUACAAAGGCGUGUUGUACCCGAAUUUGGACCCACUCCAGAUCCAUUAUUAAAUUGGGUAACAGAGCCCAUGAACGUAUCUGCUAGUCAGCGAUGGGUUCUACUCACAAGUCUUAAGGCGGCCACCUCCUACCAGUUUAGAGUUUCUGCAGUAAACACAGUGGGAGAGGGACCUCCUUCCGACCCAACCGAAGUUCUAACGUUGCCGCAAGAAGCUCCGUCUGGUCCUCCAUUGGGUUUUAUGGGAUCAGCGCGAUCAUCCUCCGAAAUAAUAACGCAAUGGCAACCGCCUUUAGAAGAACAUAGAAAUGGUCACAUUCUAGGCUACGUCAUUCGAUAUCGCCUUAAAGGAUAUGAUAAUAGUCCAUGGACCCACCAGAACAUAACAAACGAAGCACAGAGGAAUUAUCUUAUUCAGGACUUGAUAACUUGGAAGGAUUAUAAUGUACAAAUUGCUGCUUAUAAUGAUAAAGGUGUUGGCGUGUUCUCUGAUAGUUAUACGAUAAAAACCAAAGAGGGUGUGCCUGAAGCGGCACCAGAUAGCGUACGUUGCGAAGCCUACAAUUCGACUGCUGUUCAAGUGUGGUGGACUCCUCCUAAUCCUCAAAAAAUAAAUGGUAUCAACCAGGGCUACAAAAUCCAAGCAUGGCGUUGGGAUGAAUCUGCGAACGACAGCAUCGAGCAGAAACUGAUCAGUGUACCGCCAAAUCUAUUAGAUCCUCUUACUGAACAGACGUCGAUUAUCAAUGGUCUUGAAAAGUUUACGGAAUACAAUAUUUCAGUAUUAUGUUUUACGGAACCAGGUGAUGGGCCGCGAAGUGAAUUCGUUCUCGUACGGACGAAAGAGGAUAUACCCGAUGAAGUAACAAAUCUGCAAUUUGACGAUGUAUCGGAUAGAGCAGUAAGAGUGUCUUGGUCACCGCCGAAAAAAUCUAACGGUGUACUUAUUGGUUAUAAGUUAAAAUAUCAAAUAAAGGAUAAUCCGGAAAGUUUCAAGGAAGAAAUAUUGCCGCCAAACGACACUAGCAUCAGAGUGGAGCAUUUGCAGGCGAGCACGCAGUACCAGUUCUGGGUGAGCGCGCUGACGGGCGUGGGCGAGGGCGGCGCGCGCGCUGCAUCCAUCCAGUCGGGCGUGGAGCCGGUGCUGCCGCACGCGCCGCGCGGCCUAGCGCUCUCCAACAUCGCCGCGCACUCCGUGCUGCUGCAGUUCACGCCCGGCUUCGACGGCAACUCCUCCAUCUCGCUGUGGACGGUACAGGCUCAAACGGCACGUAACACAUCCUGGUCUACGAUAUACGAAGUGAGCGCGCCGGACGCGCAGUCCAUCCUGGUGUCGGGGCUGGUGCCCUUCACCACGUACCGGCUGCGGCUCGUGGCCAGCAACGUGGUGGGCUCGUCGCCGCCCUCCGAGCCCUGCAAGGAGUUCCAGACCAUCCAGGCGCCGCCGCAGCACCCGCCGCGCAACGUCACCGUGCGCGCUGUUAGCGCCAACAAUCUAAGGGUCAGGUGGAUUCCUCUCCAACAAAGCGAAUGGUUCGGUAAUCCGAAAGGAUAUAACAUUACAUACAAGCGAAGCGGCACUAAUGAUACUCUAUACAGUGUUAUCGAUGACCACACUGCCAACUCGCACGUGCUGUCCAACUUGGAAGAAUGGUCCAUAUAUGAAAUUACAAUGACAGCCAUAAACGAAGUCGGUACGUCUGCUCUAAGCCCCGUCGCUACUGAGAGAACGAGAGAAGCAGUUCCGUCGAGCGGUCCAAUAGAUGUGUCAGCGAAUGCGACGUCAUCCACGACAGUGGUGGUCCUGUGGGGGCAAAUACCUCCCCAAGAUCAGAACGGACUCAUUGAAGGAUAUAAAGUGUGCUACGCCGCAGUGGUGCCGCCUCCUCGUCCAGAGCAAAAGAAAGUGGAAUGCCAUCCUAUACCUUCAAACCAAACCCACACGGUCACGUUGACAGAGCUAAGGAAAUACGUCGUGUACCAGAUACAAGUGCUCGGCUACACGCGGCUGGGGGACGGCGCGCUCAGCGACCCGCCAGUUACUGUCAGGACGUUCGAAGAUACGCCCGGUCCGCCCUCGAACGUGUCAUUCCCGGAUGUGACGUUUACGACGGCGCGGAUCAUCUGGGACGUGCCUGAGGAUCCUAAUGGUGAAAUACUGGCGUACAAAGUGACGUACCACCUCAACAAGACCACGCAACACAUGUUCUCCAAAGAAUUCUUACCUUCAGAUAGAACAUUUAGGGCAACAGAGCUAGCAUCGGAGGAGUACUACCUGUUCUCGGUGACGGCGCAGACGCGCGUGGGCUGGGGCGCCACGCUGCGCGCGCUCGUGCUCACCACCGUGAACCGCGCCGCGCCCGCGCCGCCCGCGCGCCCCAACGUGGCGCGCUCGCUGCUGCAGCCGCACCACAUCACCUUCUCCUGGACCCCCGGGGAUGAUGGAUAUGCGCCGCUCAGAUACUAUACUAUUCAACAAAAAGAAGAUGGUGGAACAUGGCAAACUCUACCUGAGAGAGUAGAUCCCUUCUCCACUUCAUAUACAGUAGAAGGCCUCAAACCGUACACCGCUUACCAGUUUAGAAUACGAGCCACCAAUGAUAUCGGCCCCAGUCGUUAUAGCAACGCGACGGAUACGGUGCGCACUUUGCCAGCAGCGCCCAGCAAGGCAGUGGAGAACCUGCGCGUGGUGCCGAUCACGCCCAGCAGCGUGCGCGUGCAGUGGACGGCGCUGGGCGACGCGCACUGGAGCGGUGACGCGCGCACCGGCGGGUACGCCGUCAGCUACCAGCCCCUCACGGACUUCCCCGCCUCGCUUCAACACACUAUGAAGCAGGAGGUGCCCGGGAUUAAGAGUGAGGAAGUAGUGCUGACGGAGCUGGCCGUGGAUCGCAAUUACGAGAUCAGCGUGUGCGCGGUGAACUCGCAGGGCGCGGGGCCGGCGGGCGCGCCGGCCGUGGUGUGGGUGGGCGAGGCCGUGCCCACGGCGCCGCCGCAGGGCGUGCAGGCGCGCGCGCUCUCGCCCACCGAGGUGGCGCUCUCCUGGAGCCCGCCGCAUCUGGCGCAGCAGAAUGGCGACUUGCUCGGGUAUAAGAUAUUCUACUUGAUGACGGAAUCGCCUGAAGAACCGGAGCCAGGGCGCCGUGCUGAAGAAGAGAUCGAAGUCGUGCCUGCCACCGCGACCUCCCACUCAUUAGUAUUCCUCGACAAAUUUACACAGUAUCGUAUUCAGGUGUUAGCUUUCAACCCGGCCGGGGACGGGCCCCGCUCUAACGCGAUCCUGGUUCGCACGCACCAGGGCCUGCCCUCGGCGCCGCGCAACAUCACCUUCUCCGACAUCACUAUGAACAGCCUUAUAGUGUCGUGGGAGCCGCCGCACCGUCGCAACGGUCUCAUACACUCUUAUCUUGUCACGUACGAGACCAUAGAGCAGGAUGAACGGUUCAGCAAGCAAGUGAAGCAGAAGGUGACGGAGCGGCGGCUGGCGGUGGGCGCGCUGGAGGAGGAGGUGGAGUACCGGUUCAGCGUGCGCGCGCUGACGGUGGGCGCGGGCGCGGCGGCGGAGGCGCGCGCGCGCACUGGCCCGCAGCUCGGCUCGCCCGCGCCGCCCGCCGCGCUGCGCCUGCGCGCCGACCCCGCCGCGCUGCACCUCAAGUGGACGAACGCCGCCUCCGGCAAGGGACCCCUGCUCGGAUACUACUUUGAGGCCAUGAAGAAAGCCAAGGAAACAUGGCAAACCUAUGACACGCGAUGGGAAACAAUCACUAGAACGAGUAAUGGAAUUUUGGAAGAGUUUACCAUUUCAUAUCAGAGCUUGCUUCCAUCUACAGCAUACUCCUUUAGAGUCAUCGCAUAUAACAUGUACGGCAUCAGUAACCCUGCCAACAGCGACAAAACUAUAGUGACACCAUCAAAACUGUACCUGGAGUACGGCUACCUGCAGUACCGGCCUUUCUACCGGAGGACGUGGUUCAUGGUCGCUCUCGCCGCCGCCUCCAUCAUCAUCAUAAUUAUGGUCAUAGCUAUAUUGUGCGUGAAGAGCAAAAGCUAUAAAUAUAAAAAAGAAGCGCAGAAGACACUAGAGGAGUCGCUCGCGGGCGAGACGGACGAGCGCGGGUCGCUGGCGCUGGAGCUGUACCGCUCGCGGCAGAACUCGGCGGCGAGCGCGGGCGGCGGCGGUGCCGGCACGCUGCGCCGCAAGCCGCCCGCGCUCGCCAAGUCGCCGCCGCGGCCCUCGCCCGCCUCCGUCGCCUACCACAGCGACGAGGAGAGCCUGCGCGGGUACGACGAGAACCCAGACGACUCGUCCCUCACAGAGAAACCCUCCGAGAUAAGCUCUUCCGACUCACAGAAUUCCGAAAGCGAAAACGAGAGUGUGCGAUCGGAGCCGCACUCGUUCGUGAACCACUACGCGAACGUGAACGACACGCUGCGGCAGUCCUGGAAGCGGCAGCGACCGGUGCGCAACUACUCCAGCUACACGGACUCGGAGCCCGAGGGCAGCGCCGUGGUUAGCCUCAACGGCGGCCAGAUAGUGAUGAACAACAUGGCGCGCUCGCGGGCGCCGCUGCCCGGCUUCUCCUCCUUCGUA